AUGGUUAAACUUGAAGCAAUUUAUCUUAUGAAUGUUGCAUUAUAUUUUGAUACAACGAAAAAUCUUAAAUUAUUUAUGAGUAUUUCUCAUACUUGUAAAGAAGCAGUUGGAAUGUUACAUAUUAUUCCAUAUAAAAUUUCUGACACUAAACCUACAAGAAGUUUUCUUGAAAGGUUGUCUAGAUUUCUUCCACAUUUACAAACACUUAAGUGUAACUUAACUAUUCUUAAUGAAAUACCUAUUCCUCAAAGUGUUGUUUAUAUUAGUGGAGUUUUGUUAGUUAGUAGAGAUAAUGAUUCGGUUAUUCGAUGGAUGGGUAUGUGUUCAGAAUUAUAUAUUACAACACACCAUUAUUCUAGAGUCGAUUUAAGUGUUUGUAAGGCAUUGAGAAUAUUACAUAUUUUAAUAUCAAAAGAAAGUGUUGUAUCAUCUGUCUUUGAUGGAGAAGAAUUAGCACAUCUUCCAGUAUUACAUAAAAUAGUUGUAGAAUGUUUUGGAAGUAAUUUAGAAGAAGUUGUUAUUGAAUUAGAGAAAAAUAAAAUUCUUCAAAAAAAAGAAAUCAUUUGUAAAUUACAUGAAAUAGAAAAUGUUCAUAUUUCAUUAUUAAAUAGAUUAAACCAAAUUGGAGUUGUUAUUGGUAUUUAUUCAAAUACGUUAGAAGAGAUACCUGGAUAUGUUAUAUUAUUACAUCAUUUUGGAUAUUUAACAAUUACUAGUUCUGAUGAUACUUUUAUUGAAAACCUUCAUCAUAAAUAUAUUCGUCCCUUAAACCUUCAUAUUCUUUGUAAUCAAAAUAUCGAACAUGACAUCUAUUCUGUUAAUUGUACUUCAAUUCAUUCAUUAAUUAUUAGUGGAUUAAAUUGUCUAAAUAAAUUAAUUAUUCCAACCUCUCUUAACACUUUAAAACUCCAUCAAUGCUCUUUACCACCAUUAAAUUUUACUUAUGUUUGUUUAGAAAAUGUAACUAUUGAAUCAUGUUCAAUAGAUUCAUUAACAUUACCAGUCACUGUUAGUUCAUUAACUUGUAUUCAUUCUAUUAUUCAUACAAUCCCAAAUCUUCAUAAACUAAAUUUACCUUUAACUAAAUUAAUUUCUAUUGCACAUACAUUAUCCUAUCCAAUGCUUCCAACUAAUAUUAAUGAUGUCACAUUCUCAAGUGCUCCAAUACUUUCAUUUCCUAAUAUAACAUCAUGCUCUCUUCAUAAAUUUAAAUUAUUUCGAUGUAAUGAAUUAAAAACAUUAACUAUUCCAACAACAAUCACUAUGUUAGCUAUUUGUUCUUGUAAAAUAUUAACAUCUAUUGAUACUAACUUAGCUCAAUUAAAAAAAUUAGAAUUAACUGAUAACCCAGUUCUUAAAUCAUUUAGUUGUCCAUCUACAAUGAAAUCUAUUUUUGUUUCUCGCAAUAAACUUUUAAAUUUAUCAUUUGCUUCAACUCUUAGAAAGAUUAAAGCUAUUCAAACUUUUAUUCCACCAAUUCAACUUAAUGCUUUAUCAAGACUUUCGUUAUCUGGUUGUAAUGAGUUACAAUAUAAUCAGUAUACUAGUUUACAGUAUUUAACUAUCACAAGUCAAUUAACUCAAAAUUUAACAUUUCCUUCAUUAUUACAAAAUCUUUCUAUAACUGAUUGUCAAUGUGAUUCUAUUGAUAUUAAAACUCUUACACAUCUUACUGCAUUAACUCUAUGGAAAUGUCCAAAAAUUAAUGAAUUAGAACUUCCUAAUUUUAUUCAAAAAGUUGAUAUUGCACGAUGUGGUAAAUUAAUUAUAAAAAGUAAUGAGCAAUGUACAUUAAGAGAUUUGAAAAUUGUACAAUGUGAAAUACAACCUUUAGUACUUCCAAAAUCAAUUUGUACUUUAACAUAUUCUCGAUCAAAUACAAUAAUAAUUCUUAAUAAAUCAAAUUUACCUAAUCUCAUUGUAAAACCAUUAUAA